CCUGUGUCUCCAUCAUGGCGGCUCUCAGGCAGCUCUUUACAGCGGCAGAGAGAUGUGUCCGGGGCUCCCCUUUCCUCCGGAGACCCCUGUCCUCCUCCGCGGUCCUCCUCCAAGCUGCGGACAGUCAGGGGGAGUCGGGCCAGUCAGAAGGGGCCUUCCGUGUCACUAUGAUCCCCGGGGAUGGAGUGGGCCCGGAGCUCAUGCACUCGGUGAAGGAAGUCUUUAAGGCCGCUGACGUCCCAGUGGAGUUCGAUGAGCAUCACCUGAGCGAGGUGCAGAACAUGGCGUCCACAGAGAAGCUGGAGCAAGUGCUGAACUCCAUGCAGGCCAAUAAAGUGGCCAUUAAAGGGAAGAUCCACACCCCCAUGGAGUACAAAGGUGAACUGGCCUCCUAUGAGAUGAGACUCAGACGGAAGUUGGACCUCUUUGCCAAUGUGGUUCAUGUGAACAGUCUACCCGGGAUACAAGACCCGACACAACAAUCUGGACCUGGUCAUCAUCAGGGAGCAAACUGAGGGCGAGUACAGCUCCCUGGAACAUGAGAGUGUCAGCGGAGUCAUCGAAUGUCUGAAGAUCAUCACCAGAGAGAAAUCCAACCGGAUCGCCAAGUUCGCCUUCGAUUACGCCACGAAGAUAGAAAGGUCGAUCCAAAGUGACCGCCGUGCACAAGGCCAACAUCAUGAAGCUGGGUGACGGUUCUGUUCCUGCAGUGCUGUAAGGAGGUGGCUGAAUUGUAUCCCAGAAUCCAGUUUGAAACCAUGAUCAUCGACAACUGUUGUAUGCAGUUGGUACAGAAUCCAUAUCAGUUUGAUGUGUUGGUGAUGCCGAAUCUCUAUGGGAACAUCAUCGAUAACCUGGCGGCGGGUCUGGUGGGAGGAGCCGGUGUGGUUCCCGGGGAGAGUUACAGCGCGGAAUACGCCGUGUUUGAGACGGGGGCCCGUCAUCCCUUUGCCCAGGCCGUGGGCCGGAAUAUCGCCAAUCCAACCGCCAUGUUACUAACCGCUACAAACAUGUUACGUCACCUCAACCUGGAAUAUCACUCUCCACCCUCAUCGCUGAUGCUGUGAAGAAGGUGAUUAAACAGGGAAAGGUACGGACACGAGACAUGGGCGGUUACUCCACCACCAGCGACUUCGUCAAAGCUGUGAUUGACAACCUGCAUGCUCGAUACGCUACCUAA